AUGAUUCGUUGUAUCACAAUAUUACAUAUUUUUUUGUUAUGCUUUAUUAAAUUUGCCUAUAGUCAAGAACAAAAUUAUGAAGAGUUUGAAAUUGGUAGUGAAAUAGGCCCUUGUGAACAAGGUUAUUGUCCACAUUCAUAUACAUGUUAUGAAAAUAAAUGUUUUAGAAUGUUAAAAGCAGUUUCACUAACACCAAUAGGACCAUGUAUAGAUAAUAGAUGUCCAUCAAAUUAUCAAUGUCAAGAAAAUAAGUGCUAUCCUGUUAAUGGAUUUAGUCGCUAA